GUGCUGGCCAAGCUGACGGCGCCGACACUUUUCUGACAGGUCUGCCAUUUCAAAAUUAGCUGUUGCUGAGAUAAGAGUGGCCAGCGAAACGGAUCAACAGCCGUGCGUCAUCGAGACCUCCUCUGCCGUGACCAGAACUCCGAGCCCGUGCCGUGACCAGCUACGUCGAGACCGUGGGCUAAGGCAGACGUCUUGCCAGAAUCACCAGUGGCCAGCAAAACGGAUCAACAGCCGUGCGUCAUCGAGACCUCCUCUGCCGUGACCAGAACUCCGAGCCCGUGCCGUGACCAGCUACGUCGAGACCGUGGGCUAAGGCAGACGUCUUGCCAGAAUCACCAGUGGCCAGCAAAACGGAUCAACAGCCGUGCGUCAUCGAGACCUCCUCUGCCGUGACCAGAACUCCGAGCCCGUGCCGUGACCAGCUACGUCGAGACCGUGGGCUAAGGCAGACGUCUUGCCAGAAUCACCAGUGGCCAGCAAAACGGAUCAACAGCCGUGCGUCAUCGAGACCUCCUCUGCCGUGACCAGAACUCCGAGCCCGUGCCGUGACCAGCUACGUCGAGACCGUGGGCUAAGGCAGACGUCUUGCCAGAAUCACCAGUGGCCAGCAAAACGGAUCAACAGCCGUGCGUCAUCGAGACCUCCUCUGCCGUGACCAGAACUCCGAGCCCGUGCCGUGACCAGCUACGUCGAGACCGUGGGCUAAGGCAGACGUCUUGCCAGAAUCACCAGUGGCCAGCAAAACGGAUCAACAGCCGUGCGUCAUCGAGACCUCCUCUGCCGUGACCAGAACUCCGAGCCCGUGCCGUGACCAGCUACGUCGAGACCGUGGGCUAAGGCAGACGUCUUGCCAGAAUCACCAGUGGCCAGCAAAACGGAUCAACAGCCGUGCGUCAUCGAGACCUCCUCUGCCGUGACCAGAACUCCGAGCCCGUGCCGUGACCAGCUACGUCGAGACCGUGGGCUAAGGCAGACGUCUUGCCAGAAUCACCAGUGGCCAGCAAAACGGAUCAACAGCCGUGCGUCAUCGAGACCUCCUCUGCCGUGACCAGAACUCCGAGCCCGUGCCGUGACCAGCUACGUCGAGACCGUGGGCUAAGGCAGACGUCUUGCCAGGGCUUUCCGAAAAGUUUGCUGAUUUUAGAAACAUUUAAAAAUGUUUAUAUGCCCAGAUUGCGCAAUUAGUUUUGGUACAAGACUCGAUUUUGUAGAUCACGUUCAAACUCAUUGCAAAAAUGUCUAUACUUGUUUUUGUUAUCAAGAUUUCAAUCAAAUUUCACGUUUUCGUAGACAUUUUCUUCGCACAUGCACUGUAGUAGGCAACAACAACGAAGUAGUUGAAGAAAACAUUGAAAACAUACCAGGUGAGCAAUUAGAAGAAGGAGAACAAAUUUACAAUAAUCAUAAUGAGGAUGGAGAAUUCAGUGACAGUGAUGAAGAAUAUGAAGAAUUAGAGCAAGAGGUUCAUAGUUUAGAUGAAAUAUGGAUGAAACUUUUGUUGAAGCUACUCAGUGAUAGUGUUCUUAGCAGAAAAAAAGGCUUAGAUUUUAUCAAAGAACUGCAAUCGUUUUCAUCGGAGCUUUUGUCAAAUAUCGUAGAGCAAACAAGAAAUUUUAUUCGUCCUGAAAAUAUAGAAGAUUUCAUCAAAAUCAUUGAUGGAUACAAAAAACAGUUCCAAGUUAGUACUGAAGAAAGCGUACAGAAAAUGCUUAAUUCUAACAAUUUAUACAUAGAACCAAACAUUGAUAUCAUAAGUAAUGAAGUGCUCCCGAAGACAGUAGGCGGGCAGCGAGUAUUAGGUAGAAAACCAGAAAAUGUCGUUAAUAUGAAUCUGCAAUUCGCUCUAAAAUUGUUUUUUGAGCGUAAGAAUUUACUGGAGCUUACACUAAAAAACAUUGAUAAGUUACAAAAUGAUACAUCUGGAAAAAUUAGAAAUUACAUUCAGAGUAUUGCAUGGCUGGAAAAGAAAUCUCAACUUCCAAUUAAUAGAAUAUAUUUACCAAUAUUUUUGUACAAUGAUGAUUUUGAGCCAGAUAACCCUUUAGGCGCUCAUAAGGGAAAAAAUGCUCAAUGCGCUUUCUAUUUGUCUUGCCCUGUCAUUCCCAAACGCUUUCGAGCCAAAUUGAGCAGUCUUAUUCCAGCAAUGUUCGUGAAAUCAAGUUUGAAAAAAGUAAAGCCAGAGAUUUUAUUUAAAACACUGAUACAAAAUUUAACGGAGUUACAAACCACCGGCAUCGAAAUUUCUACCGAUAGUCGAACUAUCAAAAUUUAUCCAGUUCUUUGUGGAUUUACUGGCGAUAAUCUUUCCUUAAAUUAUAUAGGUGGUUUUACCACUGGUUUUAAUUCGACAUAUUACUGCCGGUCAUGCAAAUCACACAAAGAUGAAAUGAAACAAAUGCUAGAAGAAAAUGAGAACACAUUGAGGAACGAUGAACAGUACUUAAGAGAUGUGGAAGAAAAUAACACAGAAACGACGGGAAUCGAUUUUAAAUGUCCAUUUAUCGAAAUACCACACUUCAAUGUUAUCAAUUCGAUGACUUUUGACCCAAUGCACGAUUUUGCAGAAGGAUUUGCCCAUUUACCGUUGCAAUGGCGUUGCGUAAGAUUAUCCAAAAUCAUGAUAUUUUAAACUUAAAAGUUUUAAACCAGCGUAAAGAUUUGUUUAACUAUGGCAUGUAUAAAAAAGUAACAUUCCUGAAAAAUUACUAAAUAUCACUUGCAAAGGAAUAUUUAAAAAUGUCAUCAAACGAAAUGUUUACAUUUUUAUAUUUUCUUCCUAUGAUGUUAGGCGAUUUAAUUGCAGAAAAUACUCCUGAAUGGGAUUAUCUUUUAUUACUCCGUCGGAUAGUAUUUUUUACAUUCAAACCUUCAUUUUGUUUGGAAGAUAUACAAAAAUUGAAAGAAAUGAUUGCUAAUCAUCACAGAAUGUACAUUGCAUUGUUUGAAAAACCGUUGAAACCGAAAAUGCAUUUUCUUACGCACUACCCCUCAGCUAUUUUGAAAUUUGGUCCGUUAGAAAAUACUGACUGUAGGCGCUUUGAAAGCAAGAAUCGAGAUGUUAAACAGUACGUAAGAAAUACCUUUAAUCGAAAAAACUUAAGUAAAUCUAUUGGGAUAAAGGAAACGUACAAAUCAGCUUAUCAUUCGUACCUUGUCUACCAAGAACAUGAAUUUAGAUUAUUUAGAGCAAGAUAUGUAACAGUUGAAUCAUUAGAAACGACAAAUGGCAUUGAAGUUGUUCCAGGAGAAAUUUUUCUUUUUUCAUUUAGUGGAAUUUUUGAUGAUAUUAAGUUUAAUCAAGAUUCAUGCUUUAAAGUGGGCGAAACUUUUGUAAAAGUUCGAUCACUUUUCGUUAAACACAAUUCUUGCUAUGCAAUUGUAAGAAAGCUUAAAGUUUUAGAAUUCAACAAUCAAAUGGAUUGUUAUUACAUAGAUGAAAAUGAUGAUGAAGACAGUGCAUUUUGCUUCAAUUUAUGUGAAAUCGACAAUUUUCCACAAACAAUUCAUCAUUUAAACAAUGACAAAUUGGGAUUAUUCGAUCCACAAUAUAUGUAUUAAAUUUAACAUUCAUAGAUUAUUUUUUAUUUAGAUAGGAUUUUAGAAAGUAAAUAAGGAAAACAAUGAAUAGAAAUAAGUUUAAGAAUAGAUCCCAAUCCAUAAAAAAACCCUUUCCUAAGAAAUAUUGUAUCCUACUAACCCCGAGAAAACCGCGGGUAAUCGGUUUCCCAAAUUAAUUCAUUAGAAUAAGGAAUUGAAAAAUCAAAGCAAAACAAAACCAUCAGUGAAACAGGAAUUUGCCAGAUCAUUCUAAGAAAUCAAUGGACAGGACGACGACAUAAAAUGUUUGAACGCAAGACCGGUGGAGCGACGACUGACGAAAAAUAACCAGAGGAUGAAACGAAGAUCUCCAACCUGGACCUGGACCUGGACGGCAUGCUGGACAAGCCGCCUUGCCGGAUGUGACAAUAUCCCUAACCUUGACCGGGACAGCUGGAUGGGACGAAACUUGCGACCAGCACCAAAAUUCUGAUGGUUUUGAUGUUACGACCUGCCCGGUGCGACCUGGACCUGGACUAGCUCGACGAGAUGACCAUCCCGGACAACCUGUACAAGGACCUGGAUGGCUGGGGGCAUCCAAUCUGGACCUGGACUUGGACGGCGUGCAGGACGUGAUGCCUUGCCGAUGGGUCCACCCGGAGUUUGACCUAGACGGCUAGCUGGUUGGUUUCGAUGUUACGACCUGCCCGGUGCGACCUGAACCUGGACUAGCUCGACGAGAUGACCAUCCCGGACAACCUGUACAAGGACCUGGAUGGCUGGGGGCAUCCAAUCUGGACCUGGACUUGGACGGCGUGCGGGACGUGAUGCCUUGCCGAUGGGUCCACCCGGAGUUUGACCUAGACGGCUAGCUGGUUGGUUUCGAUGUUACGACCUGCCCGGUGCGACCUGGACCUGGACUAGCUCGACGAGAUGACCAUCCCGGACAACCUGUACAAGGACCUGGAUGGCUGGGG